AUGCGGCGGGAUCUUUUUCUGCGCCUACGCUCUCUUGCAGCUCUCCACUCCAAAACCCUUACCUGCUCCCCAAACCCUUCCUCUCUCCACCAGCUUCAUCGAUCCUUGCAGCAUGAAAUCCGUCCUCACUCUUCGGUUUCCCUCCGUUUUAUAAACCCUUUUCCUCUACUCUCCCGCGCAAUCUCCUCCACUUCUUCAAGUCCUGCUAACAUUGUUCAUAUUGGAUCUGAGGAAGGUUUUAAUGCGGCGCUUAAGAAGGCUCAGGAUGAGAAAUUGCCGUCGAUUUUCUACUUCACGGCCGCCUGGUGUGGACCGUGCAGGUUGAUAUCUCCUGUGGUUGAACAGAUGAGCAAAGAACUUCCACAUGUCACAACAUACAAACUUGACAUCGAUCAGGAGGGCCUUACAGCCACACUAAGCAAACUUCAGAUUUUCUCUGUGCCAACUAUUCUUUUUUUUCAUAACGGGGAAAAAUCUUCGGAAAUUGUGGGUGCCGAUGUGACAAAGCUCAAACAGACAAUGGAGGGACUUUACAAGAAGGACUAGCCAAAUCAUAAUGACAUGAAGGAUUAGAGCGUGGAAGCUCUUUAUUGAGAGAUUUGAUGCCUAGAUUGCUAUAUUGUGCUUCUCUAGAGUAUUUUCCUCUUCCCUAUAUUAUCUUUCUAUAGGGGAACCUUGUUGUUUCACGCCUAUCUUUUGAACUGUGAUUGUACGAUAUGUUUCUGACCAUUAAAGAAGAAUGUCACCCUUUAUAAAAUUUGGUUAUUUGGAGUCGCCUUACUUUUAUGGUCAGUCAAAAUAAAGUGCUUUUGUUAUCUUUGUCUUUAGAAGGUGCCCCAAACAUUAUUAAUAUUACAGGACACAACUUCAGUCACUUCUGACGAAAAAUAACCCUGAC